CUACAUUCUGUGAUUGUUACAGGGUGUGAGCCUGACAGAACCUACAUUUUACCUUCUAUUUUACCAACACCUCAGAUCUGCUUGCAGGAAUAAUGACAGGCCUGAAGGAGCUUUGUGGGGGAUUACCUCUCAACCCUAUUCCACCAAAUCAUGGCAGGGACCCUAACAUGCCUCAUGCACCUAUUCGUACGCCAAACCUUACUGCGGAUGAGAAACGGCUGGCUCUAAGCAACGCUCUCAGAUAUUUUCCUCCAACUCUACAUGCAACUCUGGCACCAGAAUUUGCCCAGGAGCUUAAACAGUAUGGGCACAUCUACAUGUACAGAUUCUGCCCUACAAUACGCAUGAGAGCAUAUCCUAUUGAUCAGUACCCCUGUAAAACACGACAUGCUGCAGCCAUCAUGCAUAUGAUCAUGAACAAUCUAGAUCCUGCUGUAGCUCAGUUUCCACAGGAACUCGUCACUUAUGGGGGAAAUGGACAAGUGUUCAGUAACUGGGCCCAGUUUUGGCUGGUAUUUCAUUACUUAAGCACUAUGACUGAAGAGCAGACUUUGGUGAUGUACAGUGGUCAUCCUCUUGGUCUGUUUCCCAGUCUGCCCUCCUCUCCACGCUGUGUCAUCACUAAUGGCAUGGUAAUUCCUAACUAUUCCUCCAGAGAUACCUAUGAGAAGAUGUUUGCUCUGGGUUGUACCAUGUACGGGCAGAUGACUGCAGGCAGCUAUUGCUACAUUGGGCCUCAGGGCAUCGUUCAUGGUACCAUGCUUACAAUGCUGAACGCAGGUCGUAGGUACCUCGGCACGAGUGAUCUGAGGGGUCGUGUGCUUGUGUCCUCUGGUUUAGGUGGCAUGAGUGGAGCCCAGGCAAAAGCUGCAGUCAUUGCUGGCUGUGUUGGGGUCAUUGCAGAGGUUGAUGAGGCUCCACUAAAAAAGAGACAUGAGCAAGGCUGGGUAAUGGAGGUCACCAAGGAUCUGGAUCAUUGCAUCCAGCGCAUCAGGGAGGCUAGAAGGUCCAAGAUGGCACUGAGUUUGGGAUACCAUGGUAAUAUUGUGGAUUUGUGGGAGCGACUGUGGCAGGAGUAUGAGCAGACUGGAGAAUUACUGGUGGAUCUGGGUUCUGAUCAGACUUCACUGCAUAACCCAUUUAGUGGUGGAUAUUACCCAGUACAGCUCAGCUUUAAACAAGCCAACCAGCUUAUGAACACUGACCCUGAACAGUUUAAAGCCACUGUACAUGAAAGUCUUUGUAGGCAUGUAUCAGCCAUCAAUAAACUAUCUGAGAAAGGAAUGUUCUUCUGGGAUUAUGGCAAUGCCUUCCUUCUGGAAGCUAAAAGAGCAGGGGCUGAAGUAGAAAAGAUAGGAGGGGGAGCCACAGAAUUUAAAUAUCCCUCAUAUGUCCAACAUAUAAUGGGUGAUAUUUUCUCUAUGGGUUUUGGACCCUUCCGCUGGGUCUGCACCUCUGGAAACCCUGCUGAUCUGGCACAGACUGAUAACAUCGCCACUGCUGUGCUUGAGCAGAUCAGUCCCAGAGUGACUGAGCGGGUUCGUCAACAGUAUAGUGACAAUAUUCGUUGGAUCCGUGAGGCUGGGAAACACAAAAUGGUUGUGGGUUCUCAGGCACGAAUUCUUUACUCAGACCAGAAGGGGAGAGUGUCCAUAGCUUUGGCCAUAAACCAAGCUGUCGCUGAUGGCAAAGUCACUGCUCCUGUGGUGAUCAGCAGAGAUCAUCAUGAUGUCAGUGGCACCGACAGUCCCUUUAGAGAGACUUCCAAUAUUUAUGAUGGGUCCGCCUUCUGUGCAGAUAUGGCUGUGCAGAACAUCAUUGGUGAUGCAUUCCGUGGUGCCACAUGGGUUGCUUUGCAUAAUGGAGGUGGUGUUGGAUGGGGUGAGGUAAUGAACGGAGGUUUUGGGCUGGUUUUGGAUGGUUCUGAGGAGGCUGGCAGGAGAGCCAGGACGAUGCUGAACUGGGAUGUUUCUAAUGGGGUGGCUCGGAGGUGUUGGUCUGGAAAUUCUAAUGCAUAUGAGACGAUUCAGCAGACCAUGGAGGAUCAGAAACAGCUGAGAGUUACCAUGCCUUAUCAUGUGCAAGAUGAACAGCUACUGGAUCAAGUACUGCAGGGAUAGAGCUACAACUACAGAGCUACAGAGUCACUACAUAUCACAGCAUAUACCAAGUAUAUUAAAAAUCUGGUUGUUUGAUAACUAGAUUUCACAUCACGAGAUCAAAUUUCGUAGACGUCUGCAUGCCACUGGACUGUUGCUGAAGACAAAUGUAAUUAAACAAAUAAUAUUUA